AGAAGUUAUGCCUGCAUCUACUCACCUAACACCUGACCCAAUCCACUUCUUGUUGCAUCCUAGCCAUGAUUUCCCCGUCGCCUCGCAAGGCUAUUCGCCUGAAAGGGCUUUUUGUCGAGGGGAUGUGGCACUGCAAUUGUCCUGAUCGAAAGCCUGCGAACAAGUUCCAAGUCAAGAAUCACGGGACAAACCAUGGUAGAUACUUUUACACAUGCCAAUCCCAGAAAUGCGACUUCUUCCUCUGGGCCAGCGACGCCGAGCUGCGCGAGAAAGCCACCGUCCUCUCCAAUUCUCGAUCCGAGCCAAACCCGGCAACGACACAGACUCCGACCAAGAGACUCCGAGUCUUUGACGGUCUCCUCACCCCACAGACAGAGCCGCGCAUCCAUCGCCACAGCCCCGCAACGGGCGGCGGGCAGCAGAAGCAACCGCAGCAGCUCAACGACAUGCUCUCCCGAAGCGCCAAGGCGCGCAUGAUGUCAGAAGACAUCGAUGAAUUCGAGUGGGACGACGAUGUCGGGGCCGAAGUAGGCAAACUGCUGGACGUGAAGCCCAUCCGCCAGCCUGAGUUUGGACCUCCAAAGGCUCACCAGGGUCCCGCUCCUCGCGCUCCCCAGCCGCCGUCCUUGACAUCCCCCGCGAAGCGAAAGUGGUCGGAUACGGAAGACGAUCACGAACCUAGACUCGGCCGUCAUACCUCGACCGCCUCAUUUGCGCAAAUCACACCCCGCCCGCAGACCGAUCGCAUCCCAUCCUUCUCGUCGACGGCGACCGUGGCGCCGCCCUCGUCCAUGGAGAUUUCGAUGUCGCCGACUCCGACUCGGUUUCGGGAUGCGAUGGCUGGGGGCGAUGAGACGCCGCUGGACGCAUCGCAUUUGGCUUCGCAGGCUAUCCGGAUCUUGGAGAGUCAUCGAGUAGCUCUUUCCAAGCAGGCGCAGGAGGAGCUUAUGUCCCUGCUGGAUAAAUAUGAUCUGAAGAUGAAGGGGAUUAUCCGGGGACGAGAUAUCUCACGCGUGGCGUUGAAGAAGAAAGAUGAGCAGAUUGAGCAGUUGAAUGCACGACUUGCGACGCUGGAGGGGCGGAGAUAGGGCAGCGCUUUUUUGUUUUUGCAGGGAUAUAUGAUACCAUGUUUCGAUGUAUUUUCUUUUACUUUUUUACUUAGUCGUCCG